AUGGCCACAACCGAGCAUUUCCAGAGCAUGGUUGGCCGCAUGAUUAGAUGUUUCUUCCUACAAGCACAUGCUGCAGUCCUGACACCCUGCUGUCGCCACCUCCGCGCAGAGCAUCAAGAGUGCCUUAGACGUGAUGAACUUGAAUUGUUCAUCGACCGAAAGCUCAAGCAUGGUGUGGGCGAUGCAGCCAUCCUGGUAGGCCUCGCACGCCAGGGCUAUGAGUUCAGGAACCUCACGCUCGGGAAGGAUGUCCUCCUAUUUCUUGUCGGUGAGGUUGAGUUGCUGCAGCCGCAUGAAUGUCCUCAUCAAGCCGUGGAGGACACCACGAACACCUUCUUGAUCGCUGGGGAUGCCCACCGCUUUAUUCGCCUUCAAGAUCCUAGUGGCGCUGCCUCCUUCGUAUAG